CAUGUUUGUGAUGAGGUGUGAGUUGAGAGAUCUCCGUUUCGCUGAAAUGAAUUCAAUCAAAUCGUUAGUUGCAUAAAGUUUUGUGAUGUUACAUUAUAUUCUUAAGUAAUUUGAAAUUAAUAUUGCCAAUAAAAUAUACCAGUGCCUCGAUGUGAACUAUCUAAAUGUCUACGAAGUCACCGCGCACAUAAGUCGAUUCCGAUUGGAACGAAUGGAGUGAUUAAAAUAUAAACUAACGAUGCAAACCAAUCUUAAAACUAAAGAAAUGUUUAUAGUUAGAGCUUUGGAAAAGAUACUAGCCGAUAAGGACAUCAAACGAUCCUAUCACAGUCAAUUGAAAAAGUCCUGUGAAGUUGCCUUAGAGGAUAUUAAGGCUGAAUUGAAAAAUGGGGGUCAAGUUGAAUCACCUGAAAGCCCAACAUCUGGCACACUCCCUUUACCAAAAAAUGACUCGUCCAACAUCAUUACUGCUGAAAAAUAUUUCCUUCCCUUCGAAUUGGCUUGCCAAAGCAAAGCAUCUCGGAUAGUUGUAACAGCACUGGAUUGCCUCCAGAAACUUAUUGCUUAUGGUCACCUUACUGGUAACAUUCCUGAUUCAACCACACCUCGUAAACUCUUAAUUGAUAGAAUAGUUGAAACCAUUUGCAGUUGUUUUAAUGGCCCUCAAACAGAUGAAGGUGUCCAACUUCAAAUAAUCAAAGCCCUCCUAACUGUGAUAACUAGCCAGCAUGUUGAAGUCCAUGAAGGUACAGUGCUUUUGGCUGUCAGAACCUGUUAUAAUAUUUAUUUGGCAAGUAAAAAUCUCAUUAAUCAAACUACUGCAAGAGCCACUCUAACUCAAAUGUUAAAUGUUAUUUUUACUAAAAUGGAAAACCAGGCUAUAGAAUCUGAAGCAAAUAGCACUAAUCCUACUUGUGAUAGUCAUCAUAAAAUACCUAAUGGAAAUGUAAUAACCGAGGAAACAACCAAUGAAGUCAAUGAAGAAAGUAAAGAAAUUACACCAGUAACUGAUGUCGUUGAUGAAGUAUUAGAAGCAAAAAUUAUAGCUCAGCAAAUAGUGGAUUCUGUUAUUGAUAAUGCUGUUUCAAUUGCUACAAAGAAAACUACAGAAGAACGAAGCCAAAAUGGACCAGACAAUAUUGAAAAUCCAUCAGAUUCACAAGAUAGCGGCAGUGUUUCCCAUGAAAGCAAUGGUCAAAUAAAUAUUGAAACUACCAUGACGAGAAUUCCAUCACAAGAGAGUGUUGAUGUUGCUUCAGAAAUUGAUAAUUCAGUAACAGCUAAGUUCACACAUGUUUUACAAAAGGAUGCUUUUCUUGUUUUCAGAGCUUUAUGCAAACUUUCAAUGAAACCUUUACCUGAUGGUACACCUGACCCAAAAUCACAUGAACUGAGAUCUAAAAUUCUCUCCUUACAUUUACUUCUCUCUAUCUUGCAAAAUGCUGGUCCAGUUUUUAGAAAUAAUGAGAUGUUUAUAACUGCAAUAAAGCAAUAUCUUUGUGUUGCUCUAUCUAAAAAUGGAGUCAGUUCUGUACCAGAAGUGUUUGAACUUUCCCUAGCAAUAUUCUUGGCCUUGCUACAAAAUUUUAAAGUCCAUUUAAAGAAGCAAAUUGAAGUAUUCUUUAAAGAAAUUUUCAUGAACAUUUUAGAAACCACUAGCUCAUCAUUUGAACAUAAAUGGAUGGUAAUUCAAGCUCUGACAAGAAUAUGUGGUGAUGCCCAAAGUGUAGUUGACAUAUAUGUCAACUAUGAUUGUGACUUAUCAGCUGCUAAUCUUUUUCAAAGGCUCGUUAACGAUGUAUCUAAAAUAGCUCAAGGUAGACAGGCUUUAGAACUAGGAGCGACACCAAAUCAAGAAAAAUCUAUGAGAAUUCGCGGACUAGAAUGUCUUGUCUCCAUAUUAAAAUGCAUGGUAGAGUGGAGUAAAGAAUUAUACAUCAAUCCUAACAUGCAAACUACAUUAGGAGAACGACCAGCUAAAGAAGAUACAGAUCGCCAAAGCAUUAAGUCACAUGGUGGAUCAAGCCUAAGCUUGGUGUCUACAGGAUCCAGCUAUAUUGGAAAUCGGGAGACCCUGGAUUCACCUGAACAAUUUGAAGUUUUGAAACAGCAAAAAGAAGUUUGGGAAACAGGAAUUGAACUCUUUAACAGAAAACCAAAAAAAGGGGUUUCUUUUCUACAAGAACAAGGCUUACUAGGAACAUCUACAAAAGAAAUUGCAGAAUGGCUAUUAACUGAUGAAAGAUUAGAUAAAAUUUUUAUUGGUGAAUAUUUAGGUGAAAAUGAUGAUCAUUCCAAAGAAGUAAUGUAUGCAUAUGUAGAUUCAAUGAAAUUUUCUAAUAUGGAUAUUGUUGCAGCGUUACGGCAUUUCUUAGAAGGUUUUAGGCUGCCGGGUGAAGCUCAAAAAAUUGACAGAUUGAUGGAAAAAUUCGCUGCUCGUUAUUGCGAAUGUAAUCUUACUAAUACAUUAUUUAUGAGUGCUGAUACCGUUUAUGUAUUAGCAUUUUCCAUUAUAAUGCUUACAACAGAUUUACACUCACCACAGGUAAAGACUAAAAUGACAAAGGAACAAUACAUUAAGCUGAAUAGUGGUAUAAGCGACAAUAACGACUUGCCACGUGAGUAUUUAUCUCAAAUCUAUGACGAAAUAGCAGGUCAUGAGAUCAAAAUGAAAAACACAAAUAAGCCUGGGAAACAUAUGAUCUCUAACGAGAAAAAACGUAAAUUGAUAUGGAAUAUGGAAAUGGAGCAAAUAUCAACAGCAGCUAAGAAUUUAAUGGAAUCUGUUUCUCACGUACAAACUCAUUUUACAACAGCUAAACAUGUUGAACACGUACGACCCAUGUUCAAAAUGGCCUGGACACCAUUCCUUGCUGCUUUUUCGGUCGGCCUUCAAGAUUGUGAUGAUCCUGAAAUUGCUUCAUUAUGUUUAGAUGGCAUUAGAUGCGCUAUUCGAAUAGCCUGUAUUUUCCAUAUGUCACUCGAAAGAGAUGCGUAUGUUCAAGCACUAGCACGCUUCACUUUGUUAACAGCUAAUUCACCGAUUACUGAAAUGAAAGCAAAAAAUAUUGACACUAUCAAAACCCUGAUAACUGUUGCACACACUGAUGGUAAUUAUUUAGGCUAUAGCUGGUUCGACGUAGUGAAAUGCAUUUCGCAAUUAGAGUUGGCACAACUUAUUGGAACAGGAGUAAGACCACAAUUCUUGUCUGGAUCAGGAAUCAAACCUCAACCCGAUUCGUUGAAAUUCAGUCUCAUGACAUUGGAUCCGAGUGUAAAGGAGCACAUAGGAGAAACAAGCUCACAGAGCGUAGUUGUGGCAGUAGAUAGAAUAUUCACAGGAUCCACAAGACUUGAUGGUAAUGCAAUAGUUGAUUUUGUCAAAGCUCUCUGUCAAGUAUCAUUAGAUGAAUUAAGUCAUCCAACUAAUCCACGAAUGUUCUCUCUUCAAAAAAUAGUUGAAAUAUCCUAUUACAAUAUGGGUCGAAUUAGGUUGCAGUGGUCUAGGAUAUGGCAAGUGCUAGGUGACCACUUUAAUAAAGUAGGCUGCAAUGCCAAUGAAGAUAUAUCAUUUUUUGCAGUUGAUUCUUUGAGACAACUAUCCAUGAAAUUCAUAGAAAAAGGCGAAUUUGCCAAUUUCAAGUUCCAAAAAGACUUUUUGCGACCAUUCGAACACAUUAUGAAGAAGAAUAGCUCGCCAACAAUAAGAGAUAUGGUUGUUAGAUGCAUCGCUCAAAUGGUCAACUCGCAAGCACCGAAUAUAAAAUCUGGUUGGAAGAACAUAUUUUCAGUAUUUCAUUUAGCAGCAAGUGACCAAGAUGAAGCGAUUGUUGACUUAGCAUUCCAAACCACUGGCAAAAUUAUAACAGAACUGUAUGAAAAACAGUUUCCCGCUAUGAUAGAUUCUUUCCAAGACGCGGUAAAAUGUUUAUCUGAAUUUGCUUGUAAUGCUAAAUUCCCGGAUACAUCUAUGGAAGCUAUUAGACUAGUCAGAUCCUGUGCAACAGCAGUGGGAACCUCUCCACAACUGUUUGCUGAACAUGCUGGGCUCGAAGGAGAACAAGGUGCACCUGAAGUCGAUAGAGUAUGGCUACGUGGCUGGUUUCCCCUUCUUUUCUCACUAUCGUGUGUAGUAAGCCGUUGCAAACUUGACGUCCGCACUAGAGGAUUAACUGUCCUCUUUGAGAUUAUUAAAACACACGGUGAAUCAUUCCGUCCUCAUUGGUGGAGAGAUCUAUUUAAUAUCUUGUUUAGAAUAUUUGAUAAUAUGAAGUUACCUGAACAUCAGUUAGAGAAAAACGAAUGGAUGACUACGACAUGCAAUCACGCGUUGUAUGCUAUCGUCGAUGUCUUCACGCAGUAUUUUGACAUUCUCGGUUCCCUUUUACUCGAACAGCUUUAUGCACAGUUACAUUGGUGCGUUCAGCAAGAUAACGAACAGCUUGCGAGAUCAGGAACCAAUUGUUUGGAAAAUCUAGUCAUAUCGAAUGGAACUAAAUACGACGAAGAAACCUGGAACAAAACUUGUCAGAUAAUGUUAGAUAUAUUUAACAGCACUUUGCCUACUACAUUACUAACAUGGAAACCUGAGGAAGGUGAAGACGGUGAAACACCUCAAGUACGCCAUGGCAUAUUAAAGAAACCACAAGGAGGAGAUGAGGUGAAAUCCUCUAAUCGAAUUUUUAACAGUCUUCUCAUAAAGUGUGUGGUGCAGUUGGAACUUAUCCAAACAAUUGAUAAUAUCGUAUUUUAUCCUGCUACUUCAAGAAAGGAAGAUGCUGAAACAUUAGCACUGGCUGCUGCCGAAUUGACUGGUGGCACUCCAGGAACGGAACAAGAAUGUCAACGUGAAGAACAAGGCAUGUACAGAUUACUAAGUUCACCGCAUUUACUACGACUCGUUGAAUGUCUAAUGUGCAGUCAUCGAUUUGCUAAAACGUUUAACACGAACAACGCGCAAAGGAAUGUGCUUUGGAAGGCGAAUUUCAAGGGCUCAGUUAAACCGAACAUGCUGAAACAGGAGACCCAAUCACUCGCUUGUGUGUUGCGAAUAUUAUUUAAAAUGUACAGCGACGAAGCGCGUAGAAGCCACUGGCCGGCUGUACAAAAAAGUCUAAUAACUAUUUCUUGUGAAGCACUCGAAUACUUUGGUUCGUUGACGAAUGAAGCUCACAGAGACGCGUGGACAUCGAUACUUCUUCUCAUUCUUACGAGAAUACUUAAAAUGCCCGAUGAACGUUUUGCGGCGCACGUAUCGAGCUACUACCCGAUGCUCUGUGAAAUAACUUGCUUCGACCUCAAGCCGGAGCUGCGGUCGGUGCUCAGACGAGUAUUCAUUCGCAUCGGACCAGUUUUCAAUAUUAUCUCUAACACGCAAUAAAUUGCUUAUUAUUUACAAACGAAAUGGCCUUAUAGUUUAGUAGGUUAAAGUAUGACUUUGAUGUUAAUAUAACUAUUUAUAAAGACGAGCCACCCUUCUAUGGGGAAAAAUACAAUAAUCUGUUAUAAGCUAAAGUCCCUAGGAGGUGUGUCUGUCGAUGAAUAAAAAACAUUUGUUAAUUUCAUAAAUUUUUAAUGUUAUGACAGCAUCAGUACUUCAGUAGUAUUAAAAGUGAUCUAUUAUACAUAGACUGUAGUAGUCUUAUAGUCUAAUUUAUAUAAAUUAUUUGAUUAUCAAAGUUAAAAUUUAAAUUGUAUAAUAAAAAUCAUAGAUGUUGUAACUAUUAUAGUUUAUUCUGUAUAUUUGAGGUUUUUACAAUACGGGGGGCUGAUUUCACUCACCGCUGAUAGCUUUGUGUUUUCUUUCUUGCUAGACUGAUCAAACUGUGAUUGUGAUGUAUUUCACAGCUUUCCAUGCCCUUUCAUUUUCUAAUUGAGUGAUUUCAGAACUCGAAAGCAAACUGAUUAUAUUAUCACUUAUAAAAUAAAUAAAAUGAU